AAAAAUAAAAUAAACAAAAGCCACCUACUUGAAACGCGCAAACACUGCGACAACAAUCGUUCCCUUUACGCGUUUUAAGAUUCAUAGACUCAUGGUUGUUCAUAAUGACAAGAGGCAAUAAAAAAAGAUACGCUCAGAUUAAAUGCACGAAGAAGACAUCAACUGAUCCAAUGAAAAUUUCAUGUGAGUUUGACUCCACCCAUUUCGCUCUACCUGCCAAAAAGCAGGGUCUUUAAGGACCAGAAAUUCCCCCUCCCUCGCCAUUCUCGGAUCCUCACUCAUUCUCGAUUUUCUUGCUAAAUCCCCAAUCCCAGCUUCACAGGCAGUUUCCGGGAAAAUUUACAGGAGAUAAAAGAUGCAGCAUUCUUCUGAUUGAGUUUGAAUCUCACCCAUUUUCGCAGUAGCAGCAGCAACUUCAGGGGGAAGGGCGUUGAAAUUUCUUUAUUGCGCGGCUGCCUUUGUUGAUACUUGUGUGUGGGGUUGGAACGGAGACUUUUUUCGCGACUUCCUUUUCUUUUUCCGCCCCUUCUUCCGCGGUUUUCCCUCGGUUUUGAGUUGUAUUUGAAGAGAGGCGAGGCAGCGUUGGAGUAAGGAAGAGGGUUGAAUCGAGGAAAGGUUGUUGUUAGCUGGGUAGUCAUGGAAAGCUAUCUGAAUGAUAAUUUUGGAGGAGUGAAGCCGAAGCACUCCUCGGAGGAGGCGCUGGAGCGAUGGAGAAACCUCGUUGGGGUCGUCAAGAACCCCAGGAGAAGAUUUCGCUUCAUUGCCAAUCUCUCCAAGCGUCACGAAGCCGCUGCCAUGCGUCGGAACAAUCAGGAGAAGUUGAGGGUUGCAGUUUUGGUUUCCAAAGCAGUUUUUCAGUUUAUCCAAGGGGCACAACCAAGUGAAUAUACUGUACCUGAGAACGUCAAAGCAGCAGGUUUUCAGAUUUGUGCUGAUGAGUUGGGAUGCAUUGUUGAAGGCCAUGAUGUGAAGAAGCUGAAAGAGCAUGGUGGGGUAGACGGUAUUGCAGAAAAACUUUCCACAUCAACCACCCGUGGUCUCACUACAGAUGGUGACUUGCUGAGCCGUAGACAAGAUGUUUAUGGAAUCAAUAAAUUCACGGAGAGUGAAGCUCGGAGUUUCUGGGUAUUUGUUUGGGAAGCCCUUCAAGACAUGACCCUCAUGAUCCUUGCUGCGUGUGCAGUUAUGUCUUUGCUUGUUGGCAUAAUAAUGGAAGGAUGGCCACAGGGAGCUCAUGAUGGCCUUGGUAUAGUUGCAAGUAUCUUGUUGGUUGUGUUUGUCACAGCAACUAGUGAUUAUCGGCAAUCUUUACAGUUUAGGGAUUUGGACAAGGAAAAGAAGAAGAUAUCCAUUCAGGUACUGAGAGAUGGUUAUAGGCAGAAAAUGUCGAUAUAUGAUUUACUUCCAGGUGAUAUUGUGCAUCUUAACAUUGGAGACCAGGUCCCUACAGAUGGACUUUUUGUUUCAGGAUUUUCCGUGUCAAUAGAUGAAUCAAGUUUAACUGGGGAGAGUGAGCCAGUAAUGGUGAACACUGAAACUCCCUUCCUGCUAUCUGGAACUAAGGUGAAAAAUGGAUCAUGCAAAAUGAUGGUUACAACUGUUGGGAUGCGAACCCAAUGGGGUAAAUUGAUGGCAACUCUUAGUGAAGGGGGAGAUGAUGAGACUCCAUUGCAGGUUAAACUGAAUGGAGUGGCAACCUUUAUUGGGAAGAUUGGCCUUUACUUUGCUGUUGUGACUUUUGCUGUGUUGGUACAAGGCCUAUUUAGCCGUAAAUGGCAAGAGGGAACAUACUUGAGGUGGUCUGGAGAUGAUGCCUUAGCAAUUUUGGAAUACUUUGCUGUUGCAGUCACAAUUGUCGUUGUUGCUGUUCCUGAGGGGCUGCCUUUGGCGGUGACAUUGAGCCUUGCAUUUGCCAUGAAGAAAAUGAUGAAUGAUAAGGCACUAGUUCGCCAUUUGGCGGCUUGUGAGACUAUGGGCUCUGCCACAAGUAUUUGUAGUGACAAGACUGGGACACUAACUACCAACCACAUGACCGUUGUGAAAUCAUGCAUUUGUAUGAAUGUUAGAGAAGUAAGUAAACCCAACCAAGCUUCUAGUUUGUGCUCUGAAAUCCCGGACUCUGCUGUAAAACUUCUGCUACAAUCCAUAUUUAAUAACACUGGAGGAGAAGUUGUAAUUAAUAAAGGUGGCAAACUUGAGAUAUUGGGAACACCCACUGAGUCUGCUUUGCUGGAGUUUGGCUUGUCACUUGGUGGAGAUUUUCAUGCAGAGCAACAAGGUUCCAAGCUUGUUAAAGUUGAGCCAUUCAAUUCCGAGAAGAAGCGAAUGGGAGUAGUGGUGGAGCUUCCUGAAGGAGGUAUGCGAGCCCACACCAAAGGUGCUUCAGAAAUAGUUUUGGCUACUUGUAAUAAGGUCAUUAAUGCAAAUGGUGAGGUUGUCCUGCUUGAUGAAGCAUCUACUGACUAUCUUAAGGUUACUAUCGAUCAGUUUGCUAGUGAGGCUCUUCGAACUCUUUGUCUUGCCUAUAUGGAACUGGAAAAUGGGUUCUCUGCUGACAGUCCCAUUCCAGUUUCAGGAUAUACUUGUAUUGGAAUUGUGGGUAUCAAAGAUCCUGUUCGCCCUGGUGUCAAGGAGUCAGUUGCAAUUUGUCAUUCAGCUGGUAUUUCUGUUCGGAUGGUUACAGGAGACAACAUAAAUACUGCAAAGGCGAUUGCCAGGGAAUGCGGAAUUCUUACUGAUGGCGGCAUAGCCAUUGAAGGUCCAGAUUUUCGAGAAAAAAGUCAGGAGGAAUUGCUUGAAUUAAUUCCAAAAAUUCAGGUGAUGGCCCGAUCUUCACCUUUAGACAAGCAUACACUGGUGAAGCACUUAAGAACUACAUUUGAUGAAGUUGUUGCAGUGACAGGUGAUGGAACAAAUGAUGCCCCAGCACUCCAUGAAGCAGAUAUUGGACUAGCCAUGGGCAUUGCUGGAACUGAGGUGGCUAAAGAGAGCGCUGAUGUCAUAAUUUUGGAUGAUAAUUUCUCCACUAUUGCGACCGUGGCCAAAUGGGGACGUUCAGUUUACAUAAACAUUCAGAAGUUUGUACAGUUCCAACUGACCGUCAAUGUGGUUGCAUUGAUUGUUAACUUCUCUUCUGCAUGCUUGACAGGAAAUGCUCCCCUAACAGCCGUCCAGCUGUUGUGGGUCAACAUGAUCAUGGAUACACUGGGAGCACUUGCACUAGCAACUGAGCCUCCUAAUGAUGACUUAAUGAAGCGAUCACCAGUUGGAAGGAGAGGGAAUUUUAUCACUAAUGUCAUGUGGAGAAAUAUCUUGGGGCAAUCCUUGUAUCAGUUUAUGGUAAUAUGGCAUCUUCAGGGAAAAGGAAAAGCACUAUUCCAUCUCAAUGGCCCUGAUUCUGACCUGAUCCUGAACACACUUAUUUUCAACUCAUUUGUCUUCUGUCAGGUUUUCAAUGAGAUAAGUUCUCGAGAGAUGGAGAAAAUAGAUGUUUUUGAAGGCAUAAUGAAGAAUAAUGUUUUUGUGGCUGUUCUCAGUUGCACUGUUAUCUUCCAAAUCAUAAUUGUUGAGUACCUGGGUACAUUUGCAAACACGGCGCCAUUGACUUUUUCGCAGUGGUUCCUUAGCAUUUUCAUUGGAUUCUUAGGCAUGCCAGUUUCUGCCGCCUUAAAGAUGAUCCCUGUGUGAACUGCCUGAAAUGGGGAUGCUGGUUUUGAAUCACAUGUUGGAGGACCCUUCAUCUAAAGCAAGGCCUCAGAAUUUUUUCUUGCUAAUGUAGAUUAUUUAUGGAUAUUUUGACAGGAAAGUAAUGUAGUUUGCUAGUUCUUUAGAAGUUGAAAAGAUUUUCAAAUUCUACAAUAGGAGUUGAAUGGUUUUUGCAA